GGCGCGUCCAGCGGACCGGGUCAGGAUAAUAAUCACCUCCCGCGGAGCCUGAGGACCGAACCGAGCCCAGUCUGAUCAGAGUCCAGGUCCAGGUCCAGGUCCAGGUCCAGGUCCAGGUCCUGACCCCGCAGCAUGGAGCCCCGCCGGGUCCCAGCGGGGAUUCUAAUGUUACUUAUCUGUCUGGGAGUCCCGGGACACGCCGAGAGGGUGUGCCACUGCAGCGGGAAGUCUCUCUGCCACUGCGACGGCGUCAAGGGCCAGAAGGGAGAACUAGGCUACGUUGGAGAAACUGGACUUCCUGGAGUCAUGGGUUACCCUGGAAACGAGGGAAGUGAGGGCCCGCCUGGAGAAAAGGGGAACCAUGGACUGAGGGGGCCGUCGGGACUGAAAGGCGUUCGGGGUCUUCCAGGAAGACCAGGUUUUCCAGGACCUCCAGGACUGCCGGGAAUCCCCGGUCACGAAGGGCCGUUGGGCCGACACGGAGUCCCAGGAUGCAACGGGACAAAGGGCGACGCCGGCUACCUGGGCUACCCGGGGCUACCAGGAUCCGCCGGGCCCAGGGGCCGGGACGGGCCGCGAGGGAUGAAGGGAGACUCUUACGUCUACAAUCUUCCUCAAGACAUUAAAGGACAAGCAGGAUCCCGGGGAUCGGAUGGAAAAACGGGCCGCAGCGGGAGUUCAGGAGAACCCGGGCUGCCGGGACCCCCGGGACCCACCGGUGAAUCUGGAGUUCCCGGGUUGCCGGGGUUACAAGGAGAGAAGGGUCAGGAAGGUCCCAGUCCGACCAGUCCGGGUCCGCAGGGCCAGAAGGGGGACGAGGGACCGCCGGGGAUUCCUGGACAGAAGGGAAUCAAACUUUACGCUGAAGGACCCAAAGAGCUGAAGGGAGAACCAGGAGAACCGGGACAGAAAGGCUGCCCUGGAACUCCGGGUUUCCCGGGACGGACCGGGUUCCGGGGCCAGAAGGGCGGCAGGGGAGACCCCGGAUCUCUGGGGAAACCAGGGAAGACGGGAUUCCCCGGACAGAUCGGACUGAGGGGAAACCCCGGGUUUCCAGGAGAUCUGGGACCUCCGGGGAUCGACGGAGGUCCGGGGGACAAGGGCGAGCGCGGGCCCUCGGGUCUCCAGGGAGAGGCCGUCUACCGGCACCAGUACCUGAAGGGCCAGCCGGGUUUCCCCGGGGUCCCCGGGGGCCCAGGACUCCCCGGAGAGCAAGGACUCAUCGGGUUCCCAGGAAUGGAGGGAGAGCCAGGCGUGGGUCGCAUUGGUCCAUCCGGUCCUCAGGGACCACCUGGGACGUCUGGAUUCAGAGGAGAACCAGGAGACCCCGGACCUUAUAUCGUUGGGCCCCCGGGUUUAAAUGGAGUGCCAGGAAGUCAAGGGGCUAAUGGAGAGCCUGGAGAACCUGGAAUUCCAAACUUUGUGGAGGGAGGAAUCGGUUUUCCAGGAGCUAAAGGUGUCAGAGGUCUGACGGGACUGGCCGGAUUCAUAGGGGACGUCGGACAGAAGGGCGAUAAGGGCGAGAUGUGCUUCGUUUGCUCCGUUAUCGCCGGUCCUCCUGGAUCCCCGGGAGAACGAGGAGAGCCCGGUAUAACCGGCUCUCGAGGUGAGACUGGAUUUCUGGGUGAAAAAGGGAGCAGAGGCAUCAAAGGUAUCCUGGGACCAGCCGGUCAACGGGGUCCCUUUGGUCUUCCGGGUGUCCCGGGGCCCCCGGGGCCCGCUGGAGAACCAGGUAUCAUGCGCAGGCUGGGACAGAAGGGUGAGGAAGGGGAUCAGGGGGAGUCGGGAGCCCCAGGACUCGAGGGGAGAGAAGGACGUCCCGGACUCGGGGGACCUAAAGGAGUCCCGGGGGAGAAGGGGGAUCCGGGUCCUCUGGGGCAGAAAGGAGACAUGGGUCCCCUGGGCGUCACCGGGCCCCGGGGCCUGGAGGGACAAGGGGGCCCGCUGGGGCCGACCGGGAUCGGAGCCCCGGGCCCUCAGGGGCCUCCGGGGGACAUGGGGUUCCUGGGAGAACCGGGAGAAGCCGGAGUUCCAGGGGAGAAAGGAGCUCCAGGAGGGUUCAGUUCCUUCCCAGGGGAUCCAGGCCAGAAAGGAGAGAAAGGUUCUCCAGGAACUCCCGGACCUCGAGGGGGAACGGGACCUCCGGGGGUCCAGGGACUCUUCGGUCCACGGGGACAGAGAGGGGAUAACGGUUUCUCUGUCCAGGGAGCUCCAGGAUUUCCAGGGAUUAAAGGAGCGCGGGGCCCCCCAGGUUACCGAGGUUUAUCCAGCUACGGCAUCAAGGGACGAGGAGGCCCGUCGGGCCCCCCGGGGAACUCUGGACAAAAGGGGGAAAGGGGGACGGGUUUCCCAGGCCUGCAGGGCCAAUCAGGACCCCAGGGAGAAGACGGCUCCGUGGGACUCCAGGGAGAUCCUGGACCCCAAGGACCCCCUGGAGGGCCAGGACCCACGGGACCAGACGGCCUGCUGGGACCUGAAGGUCGUAGCGGUCUGGACGGGAUUCCUGGUCCGGUUGGUCCGGUCGGACCAUGUUUGUCGGGUUCCCCAGGAGCCCCCGGAGAGCAAGGAGGUCCAGGCAUCAUCGGAUUCACAGGGGUCCGCGGCCUGAAGGGCUCCCAGGGGGCCCCUGGAGAGCCCGGCGUGGGGGCCGUGGGGUCCCCGGGGCCUCAUGGGGUCCCCGGGUUCGAUGGAGCUCCGGGGCCACAGGGGAACCUGGGACUCAAGGGACUGCAGGGGAACAGCGGAGAGCCGGGCAGUCCAGGGAUCCGAGGGGACGCUGGUCUCACUGGUCCAGCUGGGGGACGAGGAGACAACGGGACACCGGGACAGACCGGAUCAACCGGACAGAAAGGGGAGAAGGGCCUGGAGGGGGUGAGGGGCUCCCAGGGGAUGCCGGGGCCCCCGGGGGACAAGGGAAAAACCGGCCAGAAGGGGAUCCCCAUGGAUAUGGUGAAGAUGGGAGAUCCUGGCGACCCCGGAAACCCCGGGGCCCGAGGUUUCACGGGUCCCAAAGGAGAGUUCGGCCCCCCGGGGUUUAAGGGCACCUUCGGUCUGACCGGUAGACCGGGAAAUCCAGGCGCACCAGGACCGUCUGGAGAUCCCGGUAGGGACGGAUGUUCCGGGGUUCCCGGUCAGAGGGGAGUCCAGGGGGAGCUGGGCCUGAUCGGGAUGCCAGGUUGUAAAGGGGAGAAGGGUUCCGUGGGCCCCUGCGGGGCCCCUGGUACCCCGGGCUUCCCCGGGCCAGACGGACCUCAAGGCCUGAAGGGAGAACUGGGGCCACCGGGACCGGGAUCUAAGGGGUGUACAGGAGAAAAGGGAACCCCGGGAUGCCAAGGACCCCCCGGUGAAACGGGGCCGAUAGGGGACCCUGGAAAGUUGGGUCCUCCAGGAAACUGUGGCCCCUGUGGCCCCGAGGGCCCCCCAGGACCAGGAGGAUGUCGAGGCCCCCCGGGACCGCCUGGAGAUAAGGGCUACUUUGGACCUCCGGGGGAGAAGGGAUCUUCAGGACCCGCCGGAUCCCCAGGUAACAAGGGGCCUCCCGGAGAUCCGGGUCCAACCGGUCUCAGAGGAAACCAGGGACAGGACGGGAUUCCUGGACCUCCUGGAGAGAAGGGAGCCAUGGGAGGACCUGGAAUCGGCAUCGUCGGCCCGGAGGGAGAGAAGGGUGAACUCGGACCUGCGGGAGAUAAGGGCCCCCCCGGUAACUGUGGACCUCCCGGUCCGUUCGGUGCGGUGGGAGACCCGGGUUUCACCGGUUUCCCCGGACUGCCCGGUUUCCCCGGGUCUCCUGGAAACACGGGCGAGUGCAUCGAAGGGUUGAAGGGCUUCCCUGGAGCUGCAGGAGUACCGGGACCCAAAGGGACUCCCGGCAGCACAGGUCCUCCUGGUCCUCCGGGUCCGGGCUUUAAAGGAGAUCCAGGGUUUAAAGGACAGCCGGGUCGACCGGGGGACACCGGUCCUUCAGGAGACUCCGGUCCACCGGGAAACUCGGGGACAAAAGGACAAGCGGGUCUCCACGGACCGAAGGGCCAGAGAGGAGACAUGGGAGUCCAAGGAGUUCUGGGUUUUAAGGGGACGGCCGGACUCACAGGGGCCAUGGGCCCCCGAGGAUCCUCGGGACCACCUGGGAAACAAGGAGAGAGAGGGGCCGACGCCACCACGGGCGUCACCAUGGCGAAGGGAGAGAAGGGGAUUCCUGGAGGAACGGGGCCGGAGGGAGAGACGGGCCCCCCGGGGAACCCCGGGGUACCUGGAGCUAACGGGUAUCCGGGCCUAACGGGGCCUAAAGGCUCUAGAGGAGAACCGGGUCGUCCGGGUCUGAAGGGCGAACUGGGAGACCCGGGACUAGACGGUGCAGCAGGAUCUGCAGGUCUCCACGGCCCCAGGGGGGCUAAAGGGGCCCCGGGUCCUGCAGGGACCAACAGGGACUUCCGUCUGGAGACCAGUUUCCUGUUCACCCGUCACAGCCAGAGCAGCGGCGUCCCCCGGUGCCCCCCAGGGACCGCCAAGAUCUCUGAGGGGUUCUCCCUGCUGUUCAUCAACGGAAACAACCGGGCCCACGGCCAGGACCUGGGUACGUUGGGCAGUUGUCUCCGCCGGUUCACCACCAUGCCCUUCCUGUUCUGCAACCCCAACCAGAAGUGUCAGUACGCGGCGCGCAACGACUACUCCUACUGGCUGUCCACCGGCAACGGGCCUCCGGUGGAGCAGCCGUUCAUCACCGCAGACCUGCUGAAGGAACACAUCAGCCGGUGUGUGGUGUGUGAAGCCGUGGCCAACGUCAUCACCAUCCACAGUCAGACCCGGGCGGUUCCGGACUGCCCCGGCGGUUGGGAGUCUCUCUGGUCCGGAUACUCGUUUGUGAUGGAGACCGGUGCGGGGGCCGAGGGCUCGGGUCAGCCUCUGAUCUCCCCGGGUUCCUGCCUGGAAAACUUCAGGAAGAUUCCGUUUAUCGAGUGUCACGGCCGAGGAACCUGCAACUACUUCAGCGACUCGUACUCGUACUGGCUAGCAGCGCUGGACCCCGCCCACAUGUUCAGGACGCCGGAGCCUCGGUCCGACACCGACACUGAUGCCAUCAUCAGCCGCUGCCGGGUCUGCAUGAAGGUGGUCCAGGUGGUGUGAGCAGGUCCUGGUCCUGGUGCUGGUCCUGGUCCUGGUCCUGGUCCUGGUGCUGGUCCUGGUCCUGGUCCUGGUCCUGGUGCUGGUGCAGGUCCCUGGUCCUGGUCCUGGUCCUGAUCCUGGUCCUGGUUCUGGUCCUGGUCCUGUUCCCGUGCCGCUGCUGUAAAUACUGUCGCCAACGCCGCCGAUGCCGAGCCGACGACGCAACGAUGAUCCUGUUCCUGAUUCUGGUCCUGAUCCGGUUUCUGGUCCUGGUCCAGAUCCAGAUCCAGAUCCAGACCCCGACCUCUGGACCGCGACCUCGACCCGACCCCAGCCCAGGGGGCGAAAAUCCCCAAAAAAACAGUAACAUUUUGGAGAAUAAUUCCAGGGGGGAUAAAAGGAAUAAAAGUUGUAGCGUUUUUUACGCAUCUUUUACCACCAUUUGACCCGAAUCCACAAAAUGCUUUUAUGUAAUUUAGGAUCUUAUAAACGUACUGUAAGAAAAACACUCAUACUGAGCUGACCAGCGCAGCUCCAGAGCUCGCUAAAGAGGCGGCUAGCUCGCGGCUAACUCGCAGCUAGUUAGCUCGCGGUUAGCUCGCGAGCUAACUAGCCGCCUCUUUAGAGAGCUCUGGAGCUAGUAAAGUAGCUUCUCUCCUCUCUGUAUUUGACUAUCACUAUUUGUAGCUUUUAAACUCCCUUAAACUCUCUUAAACUCCCUUAAACUCUCUUAAACUCCCUUAAACUCCCUUAAACUCUCUUAAACUCCCUUAAACUCCCUUAAACUCUCUUAAACUCCCUUAAACUCACUUAAACUCCCUUAAACUCUCUUAAACUCUCUUAAACUCCCUUAAACUCACUUAAACUCCCUUAAACUCUCUUAAACUCCCUUAAACUCCCUUAAACUCCCUUAAACUCUCUUAAACUCCCUUAAACUCCCUUAAACUCUCUUAAACUCCCUUAAACUCACUUAAACUCCCUUAAACUCUCUUAAACUCCCUUAAACUCCCUUAAACUCUCUUAAACUCCCUUAAACUCCCUUAAACUCUCUUAAACUCCCUUAAACUCACUUAAACUCCCUUAAACUCUCUUAAACUCUCUUAAACUCUCUUAAACUCCCUUAAACUCACUUAAACUCCCUUAAACUCUCUUAAACUCCCUUAAACUCCCUAAAACUCCCUUAAACUCCCUUAAACUCCCUUAAACUCACUUACACUCCCUUAAACUCCCUUAAACUCCCUUAAACUCCCUUAAACUCCCUUAAACUCCCUUAAACUCCCUUAAACUCACUUACACUCCCUUAAACUCCCUUAAACUCACUUACACUCCCUUAAACUCCCUUAAACUCUCUUAAACUCCCUUAAACUUCCUUAAACUCCCUUAAACUCCCUUAAACUCCCUUAAACUCUUAAACUCUUUUAAACUCCCUUAAACUCCCUUAAAACUUUCUUAAACUCCCUUAAAGGUAUUGUGACAUAAUUUUUAACAUGCUUUUAACACUAUUAAAAGUCUUGGCCAACAUCCCUCAAAUGUGUCUAAAAGAGUGUAACAAGAAAAACUUCACUCUAGUACUCUUUUCCUGGCUUUUUAUGACGGUGUUUUUUGCCCUGUGAAAAACGCGUCCUUUUCCCCUUUUCCUGUCAAUCAUUGCCCCGCUCCUCCUCCCAACCUCCUCCAACCCAACCGCUACACACUUCUGCCGUCUCCACACACACGCGCGCACACCGAACCACAAACACCCACACACACAGCCCAGACAGGGCGACUACAGCCCGGGGAUGAAGUCCGUGACCAGAGGACCGUAGCUCCCCGCGAGCAAUACGCUCACAGCGGCGUCGGAGAGUUAAGCCGGGAGCGACAGGCGAAGCAUGCACGGAAAAGCAGCAGGGCGAAGCAGUCCACCGCAAACAAUCAUAAAAAUAAAGGCAUGCAAGCAGCACUGUCCCCUUAUCUUAAGUCCAGUCAGUGGCCGCGGGUCUUCUUAGCAGUUUUCCUCCGGUGAUUAGAACAAAAGACGCUCUAAACAGCUCCUUGUUAAGCCUGAUUUAUGGUUCUGCGUUAAAUCGACGCAGAGCCUACGCCGUAGGGUUCAGCGUACGGUGCACGUCGCCGCGUAACCCUACGCCGUAGGCUCUGCGUCGGUGUAACGCGGAACCAUAAAUCAGCCUUUAUGGUGCGCUGGAGAGGAGAGGAGGCAGGGAGCUGAGUGGAGAGGGCGGUGAUUUAGCGGGUCUAUACGUAACGACCCGCCACCAAACCAGAUGCGCCGUUUUUGCAUAAUUAUGCGGAAAAUCCCAGAAAGCACACAAUACACUGAAUGUUAAAAGUUCGGUUUUUUUUGGGUGUAAUUGAUGUCAAGACACCCAACAAAACACAAAAAAAUCAAGAAAAAUUUGUUUUUCAUGUCACAAUACCUUUAAACUCUCUUAAACUCCCUUAAACUCUUUUAAACUCCCUUAAACCCCCUUAAAUUCUCUUAAACUCCCUUAAACUCUCUUAAACUCCCUUAAACCCCCUUAAAUUCCCUUAAACCCCCUUAAAUUCUCUUAAACUCCCUUAAACUCUCUUAAACUCCCUUAAACUCCCCUUAACUCCCUUAAUUUAGCUUAGCAUCACUCGUAAUUGAGCAGCUUUUUGAACAAUGCAGGAUUUAUUUUGGACCUGGAGGUUUUUGUAAAUAGGACGAUUGUUGUUGUAACUUAUGUCACUAUUUCUGUGUGUGGACUAAACCAUUUCUAGGAACGGGGGGGGGACUAAACCAUUUCUAGGA